UCCUCUCUGUCUGCGCCCCCAACACCUCCGUUCCUGCCUUCGUUCCCCUAGCCUGAGGAGGUAUGGCAUCGCGAAUUCUCUCCUCCUCUCUCAAGAGAUUCAUCCGGAAGGGUGUAACUCCCAAUGCCGUUCGACGGUUUGCUGCUGCUGUAGACGUACGUGCGCCAGUCACGGAAGUCACCACUCUCCCAAAUGGAUUAACCAUUGCGACCGAGUCACACCCGAAUGCCAUGACCGCUACGGUUGGUGUCUGGAUUGAUGCCGGGUCGCGUGCGGAGACGGACAAGACCAACGGUGCCGCACACUUCCUCGAACAUAUGGCUUUCAAGGGGACGAACAAGCGCUCGCAGCACGGGCUCGAGCUCGAAGUCGAGAACCUUGGUGCACAUCUGAAUGCGUACACCAGCCGUGAGCAGACUGUCUACUACGCCAAGAGCUUCAAGAAGGAUGUGGGCACCUCAGUUGAGAUCAUCUCUGAUAUCCUGCAAAACUCGAAGCUGGAGGAGGGUGCAAUCGAACGCGAGCGUGAUGUUAUUUUGAGGGAGCAGGAGGAAGUCGAUAAGCAAUAUGAGGAGGUUGUCUUCGACCAUCUUCAUUCGGUUGCUUUCCAAAAGCAAGCCCUUGGUCGUACGAUUCUCGGCCCACGGGAGAAUAUCCUGUCUCUCAAGCGAGGUGAUCUGGAGAACUACAUCAAGACCAACUACACCUCGGACCGCAUGGUUCUCGUUGGAACCGGUGGUGUUUCACACGACGAAAUGAAGGAGCUCGCCAACAAGCACUUCUCCAAGUUCCCUGUCUCUGAUCGCCGUACACCAUUGGGUCGCACAGCAUACCCGAAGACUUCGUUCGUUGGAUCUGAGGUUCGUAUCCGCGACGACACUAUGCCAACGUGCAACCUCGCUAUCGCCGUCGAAGGUGUUGGCUGGCGCUCCAAUGACUACUUCCCCAUGUUGGUCAUGCAGUCCAUCUUCGGCAACUGGGACCGUUCACUCGGCGCCUCCCCUCUCCUCAGCUCGAAGCUCAGCACGAUUGUCGCCGAAAACAACCUCGCCAACUCUUUCAUGUCCUUCUCCACCUCCUACUCCGACACCGGCCUUUGGGGUAUCUACCUGGUCACCGAGAAUCUGAUGCAGAUCGAUGAUCUUGUGCACUUCACGCUCAGGGAGUGGACCCGCAUGAGCAUGAGCCCAAUGGAUGCCGAGGUGGAGAGGGCAAAGAGCCAGCUCAAGGCGAGCAUGCUCCUGGGCCUUGACGGCACCACCGCCAUCGCAGAGGAUAUUGGAAGGCAAAUCGUCACCACCGGCAGGAGGUACACACCGAAGGAGUUCGAGAACGCCGUAAAUGCUGUCACCACCUCCGAAAUUCAGCGGGUUGCUCAAAAAUACCUGUGGGACAAGGAUUUCGCGCUUGCUGCUGUGGGCCGUGUUGAGGGUCUGUUCGACUACAACCGUAUUCGCGCAGACAUGUCCUCAAUGAUGUACUGAGCUCCCUAAAAUAGACCCGCUGUAUAUUUCUCCCCUACCACUAAGUGGCAAAAUCCAAUCCCAACCGUAAUAUCCAGGGCAACAACACAUACGUUUUCAUUGAUAUUCUACUGUUACAAGUCGGGACUGUACCAGUUCACCAUGUCACUGAAUAGCAAUUCUUCC